AAACGAGAAGUGAGAAGAAAGAGAGAGGUGUAGCAGCAGCUUCUCUUUCGUUAUCAAGCAACUUCCCCCAUCCAAAAUGUUAAGCAAGCAAUACCAACUUUUUCUUUUUCUCCUCUCUUUCUUUUUCUUCAAGCACAACCUCUAACUUCAUCUGAGAACCUCUACUGUUACUGUAUUAGGUUGUUGAAGAAGAUGAUUUGUUGAGUACUCUCUCCUAACAAUCCAAACUUCAGUUGCUCUAUACGUACUCCAUUUCGCAAUUCCCAUUACCUUACACUCCUGCAAAUCUCAGAUUUCAGCUCGAUUUACUCUAUUCCUUAUUUACGUAUAUUAAUCUGAGCAUCACCUUUCAUAUCAAAUUAAGAACCAACUUAUUUGUCCAUCAAGUUAUGUCUGCUUCACGUACCAUUAUCAGUCAUUUCAAAUUCUGAAACAGAGAUAUCAGAUCAAAUUCAAGGGAUUAAGAACCGUAAUGCCUUUCAAUUUAGUCUCAGCAUGGAACAAGCGCAGAAGGUCCAAAUCCCAUGACCACACAGACCCUUGGACUUAUAAGCCGGUGGAGUUCUGGCAACUCGAUGACCAAACACAUCAACAGGCGAAAAGGCACCAUCAUGGUUCAUCAGUAUUUACACUCAAAGAAAUGGAAGAAGCAACAUCUUCAUUCAGUGACAAGAACUUCCUCGGUAAAGGAGGAUUUGGCCGCGUGUAUAGAGGAACUUUGCGCUCUGGAGAGGUUGUAGCAAUAAAAAAGAUGGAGCUUCCACCAUUAAAAGCAGCCGAUGGAGAACGAGAAUUUCGAGUGGAAGUAGACAUCUUGAGCCGACUUGAUCACCCAAAUCUGGUUUCUUUGAUAGGCUAUUGUGCUGAUGGCAAACACCGGUUUUUAGUAUAUGAAUAUCUGCAGAAAGGGAACCUACAAGAUCACUUAAAUGGGAUCAAUGAGAAACACAAGAUCGGUUGGCCUCAAAGGCUCAGAGUGGCACUUGGAGCAGCAAGGGGCUUAGCAUAUCUACAUUCAAGUUCAGCCGUUGGAACUCCAAUUGUUCACAGAGAUUUCAAAUCCACCAACAUUCUUUUAGAUGCCAACUUUGAAGCAAAAAUAUCUGAUUUUGGGCUUGCCAAGUUUAUGCCGGAGGGAAAGGAAAUGUAUGUGACUGCUAGAGUACUAGGUACAUUCGGCUAUUUUGAUCCGGAGUAUACAUCGACAGGAAAACUCACUUUACAGAGUGACGUAUAUGCAUAUGGAGUGGUUCUUCUUGAGCUUCUAACUGGACGUCAAGCCCUGGACCUAAACCAAGGGCCAAAUGAUCAGAAUCUUGUACUACAGGUAAGGCACAUAUUAAAUGAUCGGAAGAAGCUACGUAAAGUCAUAGAUCCUGAGCUGAGUCGAAGUUCAUACACCAUGGAAUCUAUAGUUAUGUUUGCAAACCUGGCAUCACGAUGUGUGCGUCCCGACAGCAGCGAAAGACCCUCCAUGACUGAGUGUGUAAAAGAACUGCAGUUGAUUAUUAUUACAAAUACCAAAGGCUUGUGAGUCACCAGCUAAAGAACACACGUACUAUGGGCAGGGUGGAGACUGGACGGACAUAUGCAGAUCCUUUACUUCUUCUGAUAAAAGAAUUCUUGAAUCUUCAAAAGUUGUGGGCCUAUGAUCCUAAAAGCAAGACUCCAGAAGAGCAUUUGAUAAGCACUCACAAGAGAUAUAAUGCAGUGAACAUAUUAGACAGAACAAGAUCGCACUGAACUUGAUUUGUUGUACAUGAUCAAGAGAAAUCAAACGAUCUAAUAAGUAAACAUAAAUAGAUGGUGUAAGAAAAGAAAAUCAUUUUCUUGUAUGAUUGUGUCUUAGAAUGUUUUUGUAAUCUUCCCCCUUUAUAAUUUAUACUGUGUUAAAAAUUA